UGCUGCCUUUCAGGUGGAGUUAAUCUUCACACAGUAGUCUUCCAAAACAAACAGGACAGUAUAAUGCACACCACACUACCUGAUAGUCAAGUAGUUCAUGAUUCAAGAGCGGCUGCACAUCGUUAAUAAGUUUGGACAUCCGAAUUGCGUUACAGUUAAGGACCACGCUAACCUGGUGAGAGCUAACGACUGGAUUGUCUGCUUGGGCUCGCCGUAGAAAUGCGUCAUGGGUCAGAGUUGAACAAUUAGAAAACAGAAACAGCAUGGAGACACAGGACAGAGGAAGGAGCGGUAAAACCUCUAAAAAAGGUGGAAAACGCGUCAAAGCACUGAGCGCUGAGGAAGAAGCAAAAAGGAGAGAGUUAGUGAAAGAGAAGCUAAGGGAGAAGUUGGAGUUGGAGAAGAAAGCCCUGAAGGUAGUGGAGCGUCUCCUGGUAGACAGCGUGGCUGAAGACUUCCUGGUUGACUGUGCGCGGUUUAUUACUCCUGCUAAUUACAAAGAUGCUGUAGAGGAGAGAUCCAUUGCUAAACUGUGUGGUUAUCCCAUAUGUCCAAAUAAGCUGGGCAAGGUCUUGGCUCAAAAGUAUAAAAUUUCCACAAAGACCAACAAAGUUUAUGACAUCACAGAGCGCAAGUGUUUUUGUAGCAACUUCUGCUACAAAGCCUCCAAAGAGUUUGAACUCCAAAUAUCAAAUACACCUCUUUGGCUCAGGCAGCACGAGAGUCCUCCAGAAAUGAAAUUGAUGAAGAAAGGAGAUGGUGGGAGUUCAGGUGAGGAGGUGGUGCUGUUGGAGAGCCGUCUCCAAGAAAAAGACAUUGAAAACCCACUGGCUCCUCAACUCGAGGACUCCCAGAGCUCUCAGCAGUGUCAUGCUGCAGCUGAACUCAGCCACAGUGAAAGCAGCGACAUUGAACAGGAGCAGGACUUUGUCUCCAGCGUGGUCUCCCAGCGGCAGGGACCCAGGGUGCACUGGGGUGACCUUCCUAAACGUACAGUUGAAGGUGAACAAAGGGAGAUGGGGAGGAGAAAGACACAGAUGAGAGAGGGAGGUGAAAAGGAUGUUGAGAGUCAUAGCAGUUGGCAGACAGAGAGGGAGAGAAAAAUGAGAGAAGACGAGAACAGACGGGAGUCACUUUCAUGUAAAACAGGAGUGGAAAUGGAUGCUGAAAAACCCAAACAGCAGCUAUCAGGAAACACAGACAAACCUAAUGGGGAGCAGGUGUCAGAGGAAAAAGGGUUGCUCGAGAAACCCAAUGUGGAAGAGGCCACAUCUCAGCUGAAUUUGUGCAGUUUAUCUGAGACAGUCACUCACACUGCUCCCCUGCCUGGUGACUCAACAACCACACAAGCCGAGGUAUUCACCUCUCCACCAUGUAAAGACUCAUCUCCCCCAAUAAAAAGCAAAAAUCUCCCUUCUUCGGCUCUGAUCAACAACAAUCGGGACAACCACGGCACAGCACUGACAGGCCUUGACAUCACCCAGGUGAGCAUGAGCAAGAGAGGGGCAGCGGGCCUACGAGAUCUUCUUAACAACCACACUGCUGGAGCCAAACACAGUUCCAUCCAGCUGAAUCUCCUUGAGCAUCUGAGGAGAACAUUAAAGGACUGGAGCACUGAUGCAACCCUGAAGUUCCUGUACGGCGCCGCCCACCCACUGGGCUCUCCUUUCACUGAUGUCGGAGGAAACAAAGAGGAAGAACUGGAUGAAGACGACUUCGAUGACGAGGUCACCGAUGACGAUGCAGAAGUUGCUGGGGCACCGAAGAGAGUGUCUGCCGCAGUUCCAGACUACAAGACACUGCGGAAGGAGACCCAGCAACUGGAACUAAGGGUCAUGGAGUUUUAUAAAGGUACCUGGAUUCUGCCUGAGAAGGUGGAGGAGCCGGAUGGAGACAAGGUGACAGUCCAGGAGCAGAGCAUGAAGGAUCCAGUUCUGCCACUCGUCGACUCUCAGGCUCAGCACCUCAUCCAGAAACGGAUCACUGUGGAGAAGCUCACUAGUUGCCUCAGAAAUAUUGUCGGUCCUCUUCAUCUCACCAUCGGUGACAUCUCCACUGACCUGAACAACUUGGUCAGGACAUUCAGGUUCACCAACACAAACAUCAUCCACAAAACUCCAGAGUGGACCCUCAUAGCCGUCGUGCUCCUCCAUCUGUUGUCAGAGGUGACUCCGGUGGUGCGAGAAGCCUUGGAGAUGCCAGCAUCAACGGAGUAUCUGAACACACUGAUGGAGGAGCUCGGCCUGCAGGAGCAGGACCUUCUGCACUUAGUCCAGCUGUUUAAAAACCCUGCACACUGACACAAAGGGCCAGUCAUGUACAUGUUGGACUGAAUUAAAUAAAUAUGUGUAUGGGUUUUUUCCCCCCACAAAUAAAGUUGUAUGGAAUAACUUAAAACUAAAGCUCAUGUGCUUUGUGUUUAUAUGAGUCUGUAGGCUCUCUGUUGUAGCAGCAUUGCUGCAUGUACACAAUCUGUGAUGAGAUAUGUGCAAAUCAGAUCCUUGAAGUUUUAGAGUCGUGGAUGUUUAACCUCUGCAGAGCCAAAUAAAUCACACCCAGCUUUUCCCAGUGAAAACGCCAUGUG